AUGGAUACUCUAAGACGCCUCCAGUCCUCUCUGGCCGCGCACUACGAGCACGCCUUUGACGAAGCUCACCGCACCCUCGCCGUCGAAAUCAGCACGCGCGAUUCCAGGAUUCAUGAGCUCGAGACCUUGAACCGGCUGCUGCAGGACGCAAACACGGACGAGAAAUCGCGGGUUCGCGAGCUGGAACGGCAAAUUAAUCAGCUUGAGGAGGAUAUCUCUAAUAAUCAGAAAGAACCCAAUCAGGAAGGGCUGGAAAAGAAACUGCUUGCUCUGCGCUCGACGUACAAUGCCGAGCAGUUGACACGGGACUUGACCGAGUCGCGGCUGGAUACUACGAGUAGGAAAUUUGACAAGGCGCUGCAGCAGAUGGAGAGCUGUUAUGAUGCUAUUUUCCAUGAAGUUUGGACGUUGUUGGGUGUCACGGAUUCGCUGAGGACGCAAGUUAAACGACACAAGGAGAGAGCUACACAAUGGCAACGCUGGUAUCACCAGAACAAUAGAGACUCCAAGGGUCAAACCAGGACAAUGGCAGACACACAAGAGCCGUCUCAUCCGAACCAGGCUGGCACGCACACUCGCCGGACAAGUUCCAGUCGGCCUCUAGAUCCUGCGAACAAUCUUGAUAUGAAUCCUGUCACGUCUACAACGUCAGAAGCAGCCCCGGCCAAGUCUCGAGCAACUACAGACGUAGGGGUUAGCCACGGCCAUGAAAGCUUUGUCCGCAUUAAACCCGAACCCAUCCCAUCCAGCCCCAUCCUCGACAUCCCCUCUUCUCGAGAAGCAGACGCCGCAGGCACCCAAGACCUCGACGACGUCGGCAAUCUAGUGGACACGCCAAAAAGGCAAUCUACACACAAAGAAGUAGAGCCACUUGAAACCAUUAACUAUGACCGCCGAGACAAAAGGCUUCAUGCUCUCCAACCAAGGGACUCCAAUCAGAUGCCUUCCAGCCGAGAAUUCUCAUCCAAACGUCGAAAAGUGAGCGAUAGAGGGAGUGGGAAUAUCUCGAGUGUUUCAGAAGACGGGGAACAUGUUCUCAAGCAUAGAACUAGUAGUCACGAAGACACCCCAACCAAGACAAUAAACCGCCAUCCUCAAACGCACUCUCGUCUUGACGAACUCCUCGAAGAACGGCCCCACGCCCACCGCCAGUCUUUUGAUUACCCAGGAGCGCCAUCCGAAAGGCGAGCACGCGGACACAGCUCCAACAUGGCGCCCGCGCCCAAACCUGUUCAUGGGCCUGAAGUGGACGGAGAAAGAGACUUGGAAUCCAUUGUCCAGUCGGUACCUUAUAGAGAUCGGCCGGUUGAUCUGCUUGACCUGAACUGCUUCAAGCCCAAUCCAGCGCGAAACGAAGGAUUGGACUAUGCCUUUAAAGAAGUCGUCCGGAACCGCGAUCUUCGCAAAUGUGUUCCUGGGUGUAUGCGGCCAGACUGCUGUGGGAACAAAUUCCGCGCCAUGGUGCGAGCCGGCGGCGUCAAAUUUGAAGAAAAAGACAGGGCAUUACUCGAAGAGCACCUGGGCGAGAACAAAAGGCACACUCUUGACGAGAUGAGCGAGACCGAGCGGCGCGAUCUUUUUAUUGAAGUCAAGGCCAGGGCGCUGGCCGAUCAGUUUGGCAGGCAUCGGCCUUCUCAUGACCGUCCUCGCUCGCCGCCGGGGUUCUGGCGGGCUGAUAUGCCGAGUACACAGGAACUGGCCAAGGACCGUAGGGAAGCUGAUCGUAUGGAGAGGGACAAGAUUAUUGAGCGGCUUCAAGAGGCUAUGCGGCCGGAGGGGCUGUGGAAGUUUGCUGAUGAAGACUGA